AUGUGUCUAAUAGGCAAAAAACUGAAAUGGGAACUGAACUCAUUCAAGAAAGAGAAAACUGAAAAGGAAGGAAAAUUAAAAAGCCUUGAACGAAAACUUGAAGCACAAACAGCAAAAGCCAAUCAAGAAGAACAGGAUCACGUUCUGCUACAAUCCAAAAUUGGAAAACUCCAAGAUGCCAUUGAUGCUGGAAAGAAGAUUUUGAAAGAGACGGAGAAAAGUUGUAAAACUAAAGUAGAAAAGUUAGAGAAUGAACUAACAGCUAAGAGGCAGUCAGCUAUUCAACUUAGUCAAGUUUUGGACGAGAAGUCUCGCUUUAUAACGCAACUAGAAGGAAAAGUAGAACUGCUGCAGAACACUGCAGAUGUUGCAAAACAACAGGUGAAAGACAUUCAACACGCCUACAAAUCUAAGAUAGCCAAAUUGGAGAGUGAUCACACUGAAAAAGUGACGGAUCUCUGCAAGAACCAGACACUGAUAAACAAACAGCUGAGCCAAGCACUGGAGCAAUCUUCCAAUUACGUCAAUCAGAUGCAGGAGACGAAGAAGGAGAAUGCUAUAUUGGCGACCACAAACUCGUCUCUGACUGAGAAGGUGGCGCACUUAGACGGCUGA